AUGGAAGAAGAUAUCCAGAAAAAACUCGUGAGCCUUUGCAAUUUGUUACCAGUACACGUAGACUUAUGGAAAACAAUUCUGCAAAGCCUCCAGAGUCCUGUAAAGGCCCUUGGCAAUUUUGCAGAACAGCUACAAUUUGUGGAAAAAGCUACAAAUACUUAUAUGGAUGAUUUUGAAGAGCUACAGAGACAAUUAGGGACUAAAAUCUUGGAAAACAUUGAAGAAGAAUUGCAAGCAAUAAAAACCCUAAUGGAAACUUUAGAUAAAUCCAAUCACAAUUUGAAAAAUAAGUUGGCAAUUUUGGAAAAAUCAACCAUUGAUUUGGAUUGGGACAAUGAUUCCUUUAUUACAAAAGGCACCCCAAUUCAGCCACCUUUGAGGCAAAUUUUGCAAAUGGCUUAUGAGUUUUGGCUCUAUUUUUCAAGGGCCUCUAAAACUAUCAAUAGUGAAUUGAAGAAUAUUAAUUUUAGAGAUGAAAAAAGCAUGGAGCAAUUGCAAAAUGCUUUUUCUUUAAGCUUGGAAGUGCAUAAUAAUAGGGAGGUUUAUGGGAUUUUAGCAUUAACUCAAUAUGUUGUAAAUGAAAAAGCUGUAACAUGA